AUGCCUAUCCAAGGAAAUCCUAUGAAGAAACUUUUUCUUAAGCUUAAACGCCUUAAAGUUAGUCUCAAAACCCUCAACAAUGACUACUACAGUGACAUUUCUACUCGGGUUAGACUUAAGAGAGAAGAAAUUGAGAAACAUCAAAUCCUUACCUUAAGAGGUGUUGAGCCUAUUGAUAAGGAACUUGAACUACAAAAUAACCUCAACUCCUUAGAGGAAGCCGAGGCAAUGUUUCUUAAACAAAAAGCAAAAAUUCAGAGGCUAAAAGAGGAAGACAAAUGUACCAGAUUUUUUCACUCAAUCAUCGUAACUAAGAGGAAGAAAGACACUAUAAGAGUGAUUGUUGAUGACCAGGGAAGAAGGCUAGAGACUUUCGAUGAUAUGUCCUCAGAAGUAGUUAAUUGCUUUAAAAAACUUCUAGGCUCUCAUGACCUUAAUGUUAAAGAAUGUUCUACCAGUCUUCUUAAAGACCUCAUGCUUCCUAUUCCACCCUCUGAAGACUAUGAUGGCCUCACUCAGGAAGUCACUUCUGAAGAGAUCAAGGAGGCUAUAUUCAGUCAAAGAAAUGAUAAAGCCCCAAGCCCUGACGGUUACACCUCUAUUUUCUUCAAGAAAGCUUGGCUAGUGGUCGGAAAUAAAGUGAUUAAACCUAUUAAAUUUUUCAUCCAGGAGUCUUACAUCUACUCAUCUUUCAAUGCCACUACAAUUACCUUGGUCCCAAAGAUUCUGAAUCCCAGUAAAGUUUCAGAUUUUCACCAUAUUUAUUGUUGUUCAAUAAUCUAUAAGGCCAUCACAAAGGUCAUUGUAUAUAGGUUGACCCACUUGCUGCCUAAGAUUAUUUCCUCUAAUCAAUCUAUUUUUGUCAAAGGAAGGAGUAUUAUUGACAAUACCCUCAUUUCCCAAGAAAUUGUGAAAGGAUAUGGGAGGAAAACAAUUUCACCUAGGUGUGCCCUAAAAAUUAAUCUUCAAAAAGAUUUUGACUCAAUUCACUGGAGCUCUAUUUUAACCAUUCUAAAGGCUCUUAAAAUUCCAAAUAUUUUCAUAGAAUGGAUUGUGGCCUGCUACUCUACUGCAACUUACUCCAUAGCCUUUAUUGGAAGCUUGAUUGGGUAUUUUAAGGGUGCUAGGGGUCUUAGACAAGGGGACCCCUUCUCCCUAAUCUUGUUUGUUAUGGUGAUGAAUAUCCUUUCUAAUUUACUCAAUAAAGCUGCUGCAAAAGUGAUCUUCAACUUCCAUCAUAAAUGCAAGAAAAUUUGCCUCACUCAUUUAACUUUUGCUGAUGAUCUACUAAUUUUCUGCAAGGGAAAUCUGGAAUCUGUCAUGGGAGUCACCACUGUUCUUGACUACUUUUAUGAAAUUUCUGGUCUCAAACUUAAUGUUGCUAAAUGUGAAAUCUUUAGUGCUAGAAUUUUAGUUCAAUCUCUUGACACUAUUAUUAAUUCCUCUGGUUUUAAGCAUAUAACACUACCAGUCAGAUAUCUAGGAAUACCUUUGGUCAUAAGGAAACUUACUGUUAAAGACUGUCAGCCUCUCAUUGACAAGGUCAAGAUCAAACUUCAUCAAUGGUCCAGGAUGAAGAUGUGUUAUGCUGGCAAAUUGGAGUUGAUAAAAACCAUUCUUUUUAGUGUUGCCAACUACCGGUGUAGGAAACUUAUCUUGCCUCAAUCUGUUAUAAACAAAAUUGAAAAAUUUGUUCAAGAUAUUUCUAGAAAGAAUCUGACAUUCCAGCAGCGGGAGAAAGAGAUAGGCUGUAACGAUUUGGAAUUGAAACUAAUGACCAGUGCAUCCUCUGUUCUGAAGCAAGGGAAUCCAGAGACCAUCUCUUUGCUGAAUUUUUCUGCUAUUCUUGGCAAUAAUACUAUGCUUGGGAAUACGUCCCGAGAACCAGACCAGGUGGUGCCAAGGGACCUUGGGAGCUGGGGAGCGCAAUUUGUCCCAGAUGCAUCUCGUACUAAACUCUUGGCCUUGACUCACAAGGAUGAAAGCAACCUCAGGACUAAUUUUCAGCAGGUACUUGAAGCUCCAGCUAGCAUUUUUAGGGACUUUCAUCUGCCAGAAGUCAGAGUUUCUAAUAACGUAAGAGUGCAUCCACGCCACCCAAAGAGAGCCAUCAUUAGUGAGAAGCUUUCUAAUUAG